CUGAGCUUUCGGGUCUCACUUGAGUGGAAAAUAUAGGCGACAUCUUCAUAUACCUGAGAUAUUUUAAGCUGCUGCUGCUGCUGCUGCUCUUCACGUUUCCCCUGAAGACAGUCUGAAGCUCCGAGAGGAGAGACAAGGAACUCACAGGGGAGCCAGAGCCGAGGGCAGAGCUGGGCUUCCAGCCCCAGCUGGCAGGGCGAUGGAGGAGGAAGGAUCUGAGUGGGUCCUUCUCCAGACCCCAGCUGGAGCGCAGUCUCGGAAUCCUAACGCAGACCUGCAGGCAGGUAAAAUAACUGUCCCAGCAGAUGUGACCUUAGGACAGGCACAGACUGGACCUGCAGUUCAGGUGAAGUUUGCAGAGGAAGAGGACUCAACGGACACAGAGACUGACUCCCCAGGGUCUGUCCUCACCCCAGAAGUGACAGAAUCACCUGGUGUGCCGGAGAGCGAGGAGACCCCCCAGACGCUGAGGCUGAUGGUGGUGGGGAAAAGCGGAAGUGGGAAGAGCGCCACCGGGAACAGCAUCCUGGGCCGGACCCAGUUCGAGUCGAGACUCAGCGCUGCGCCUGUGACACGGACCUUCCAGACGGGGACGAGUGAGUGGGCCGGGAAGCAGCUGGAGGUGAUGGACACCCCCGAUCUCCUGUGUCCCUUGGACCCUCCUGCGGCGUCCGCCCAGCGCAUGUGCGAGGCGGUCACCUUGUCCUCCCCGGGGCCCCACGCGGUGCUGCUGGUGACCCAGUUGGGCCGCUUCACAGAGCAGGAUCGCCAGGCGGCCCUGCGCCUCCAGCAGCUCUUCGGGGCGGGCGUGCUGGCACACACCAUCCUGGUGUUCACCCGCAGCGAGGACCUGGCUGGAGGCUCCCUGGACGAGUACCUGCGGGGCUCGGACAACCGGGACCUGGCCAGGCUGGACGCGCUGUGCGCGCGGCGCCACUGCGGCUUCAACAACAGGGCGCAGGGGCGCGAGCGGGAGGACCAGCUCCGGGCGCUCAUGGAGCAGGUGGAGGUUGUGCUGUGGGAACACGAGGGCCGGUGCUACAGCAACAGCGCGUACCUGUACUGGCGGGAGAGGCCACAUGAGGACGGGCCAGCGAGGCCAGCGGUCCCGGGGCAAGGCUCCCAGGAGGAGGCGGAGGAGGAGGCCUGGCUAGAGGAGCUGUGCAGGGUCCAGAGGGAGUCUGAGGAAUCCCACAAACGUGUCCUGGGGAGCGCGCUCCUUUGAGGGAAGGCUGGCCUGUGGCUGGGCACAGCUGCUUCCCGCCAGCCCCCUGCAGCCGGAGUCCAGCUUCUAGACUUGCUCUAUCUUCAUGGAGCACUCACCCUCCCAGUCUCAGGCCAGUCUCGUGCCUGCUGUGGUUGGGGGCUGCAGCUUCCUUCGUUCCAGCUCACAUCCCAGAGCCCCUUGGCGCUCUCUCCUGGGGCUCCCUCACACACAGCCCGGCAUCUCGCCUACAUUCUUAUUGAGAUGACUCCCUUUCCCCUGAUAGAAUCAAAGCUUUGGGCACACUGUGCCUCAUUAUUCCACUGUGACCACCCAGAGCAUCUUGGUCACUGGAAUUUCUCCUCCAAUGUUGACGAUGCAUGUCAGAGUGGGGAGAAGAACAGGGGCCUUCAUAUUCCUUGGUUUAUACCCUCUACAGAAAUGGUGUCGGCAGAUUGACUCUUAGAACUUUUGCUGGCCUGUGUGUGGUGGGUUAAAAUAUAGCAAACGCUCCUGUGUCAUGUGGGGAGAUGUACGUUGCCGGGCAGAGAGAUUCAACCCAGGGAUUCAACACAGGACUCAACCCAAAGGACAUUCCGUGCACCCACUUUUAAAGGAGAACAUAAAUGAAGAGCUAAUGAAUUCCAUGGCAAGGUUCAGGUGAUAAGAUAAAAAAAAAUGCAGUGACCCAGAUGUCUAAGAUGUGACGAUAGUUUUGACUCUAGUUCAUUGAAAUGCCAUGUGAACCACAAAGAGGAGCAUUACCCAGAGGCAAACUUAAUUAGGGGCUCAUGUACCCCUACUCUUUCCGCAUGAUACCUGGUAUUUGGUGUUUGAAAAACAAAGGCAUUUCAUCCCUGCCUCAAUUCUUCUUUUCAGGGAAAGGGAAAUCCUCUUUCCCUCCUCCCUUGAAAGUGGGGCUAGAAGGAUGCCUGGGGUGAGUGUCUGCUGUGAGAGUUCCCAGGCAGGGCUGUGACAUGAAGGCACAGAGAGAACAGGGACCUUGAGUAAGCAGGUGGAUAGCAUAAACAUGACAGGGAGAAGCCGGUUUGAUGGGGGACAUUCCGGAAGCCCAUGGUGUAUUUCUGGAGAGCCGCUUUACUGAAAGUGUUCGAGCAAUGUGGGGUAAGAAAAGAGCGGAUCCAGAUGUUGGUCUUUCUUGCCCUUGCGACAAGUGUCUUAGGGCACAGGUGGAGAACUUCCUCCUGAUGCACCUCACUUUCUCUGAGAUUCAAGAUGUUGCUGGGGACAUCCUGGGGAGUCUGACUAAGUUUGAAUGCACAUAGAAUGAAUGUCAUGGGGAAAUACCUUUGAUGGCUGUCCUUGUUCCUCCUUUAAAUGGUCUCUUGUGAAGAGGGUGGGGAAUGGAAUUUCUCUGGGUGUUGACAACCUUGGGAUUCACCUCAAAACCUAGAAUAUCACCUUUUACCUGUCUGUAUAGUAAUCCAUUGAUUGGAGAGUCUCUGUCAACCCCCACAGAUUUCUGGUCUCACAGCUGAAGGCCAUGGCAGCCAUCUUCCUCCAAAUCAGUGAACUCCUGAGGAAGUUUAAGUACCUCUACUGUUGAAAGACACAGAGAAGAGUGUCAAGGCUGAUCUGAGACUUAUUUUGUAUAUUUAAGAAAGCUUUUUGUACCAGGACUCUUCACUAAACUUAUGGUCCAUUUCCAAUUGAUCAAAGUGCAAUAUAUUCUGUAUUAAAAGUACAAUACUUGUAUUAAAAUUUCACAAUCUCAAAAGUUUAUGCCAGUAUUUUGAAUUCUGUUUAUCUUCUAUGUAUUAUUCUCCUAAAUGAAUAAAAUAUUGACUUGAUAAUAGUGUUUUUGAUUAUAAUAAGGUCAACUCUUCCUCAACCUACAUUUUAUAUUUUCUUGGUUUUCCUCAGGUACUUAUUCUUGUGAAAAUUAAAAUCACAGGGCCAGAGAGACAAUUUGUUCAUGGCAAGCAGGAGUAGAUAUAUGGAAGGAAGCAUGUGGUAUGUGUAGAAAGAGAGGAGAGUGUGCAAAGCUUGGAACAAAGCAUAACCAUCUGAAAAGUAAAGGUGCUGAGAUGAUCAGUUAAGGUGUGAUUGCUCAAUACUAGGGAACUGCUUUUGAGAGAAUAGCUGAGACAGAGACAUAAGUCCAACCACAGUAAAUCCAAGAAUUCUAAGGGAACAAUUUGCCCCCCUAGUUUUCUGGACCGGUGGUCCAAGACUGUUGCCUGGUUCCUGGAGUGUUCUCACAGGCUCAUAAGUCCUGA